GCUCUUUGCGUUUCGCAGCAGACCAGGUGUGACUUUUCAAACGAGAAGUCUCCUCGUCAGCGGGAAAAAUCGGCAAAAAACAGAGCCGACGGUGUGUGUAGUAUGUACGUGUGAGACAGAGCCUAAGCCCUACGGAGAGUGCCUGCCUGCUCAGGUAACGAAGUAAUCGGACAAGGUCUUGGCGUGAGAUCGCUUCACUUUUUUUUUCGGGCCCAACGUCGACGUCAGAGACGAGCCACUCAGCAAAGAAGGAAGAAAGAAAGAGGAAGAAGGAAAGAGAAAGUUGGAGCGGAUUCAUUGUCCCGUGCAGCAGCGAGAGUCCGCCACGACGAAGUGAAUGGUAGAUCAAGGCUCGGCGCCCGGGCCGCGUUGCGUCAUUAUAUCAGCACACCGAGGCAGGCGAUAUUCCGUAAAAGGAGAACGCUUCAGGCAAGGUCUCAAGUGAAAGACAUUGUACUCUUUGACUCCGGAGCAUGAUGACAUCGAGUGCGAGAGCAGGAAAACACGUAGGAGUCGUUCCCGGGCAAGCGACGAUUGAGCAAUGCCAAUAAACUUGAAGCGAUCAGAAUCACUCAAGUCAGAGAGAUCCGACGCUUCUCAGAAACGAGUCUCUUUCAAGAAAUCCGUGCACGUGAAGCACAUCCCACGCGGUGCUGUGCUCGACAGCCAGGGCAGAGUGGUCGCAGUGAUCCCUGAAAACGACGACGACAGGCAUCGUCAGGACGUCUUCCAAGUCCCCGAAGAACCGAAUCCUUCCCACGAGGACUUUGUGAAAGAAGCCGCCGAGAUUCUCCGGCAGGUGGACAAGUUUCAGUGCUCCACAUCGACCACACCGUUCCGGAGACCCCAGGCCGAGGAAGAGUCGUCUCUACCACGUCGUGGUGUCAAAGGCGGCAAGCUGGCGCAAGUUAUUCGACCAUCCGACGGCUAUCGUCGCGCCUCCCAGACCAGGAACAUCUCUGGGCUCAAACCUGCGUCUUCGAUCCUGCAACAAGGGUUCGUUUCAUCGAACCGGCUCCGGAGCAGGUCUGAGGAGACCAAACAGGCCAUGAAUCAGCUCCAGCAGCACCAUCACCACCAGCACCCGCCGAGUUACAUGGACCGCGGACGAUCCACGUCUCCUCCACCAUACGCGACGAACAAGAUGAAGCCUGCGCAACACGUUAACGCCCUUGUGGAACGGUUCAAUAGCCAGGCCAGGCAACGACGGGAAGAGACAGUGACGGUGAUGUCCAGCAAUCAUUCCAGGUCUCCGGAUAGACUCGUUGCAGCCACUGGCGCCAGAACUCACAACGCCAACCAACCGUUUUCCUACCUGGCGCCAGGGUCGCCGACUUUGGUAGCUGCAGCUCCACCGCCGCCGGUUCUACCAGCAUCCAUGUCUUCCCCCAGGUCGUCCAAUUCGUCGCCAGGUCGAGAAAAUAGCACUUCGUCGCAGUCUCCAGAGCCCACAGUUCUGCAGCAGAACCUGCGCUCCCCGCACGAAGUGAUCUACGCUCAGGUCGCAGUGAACGGGCACAAGAAAGCGUCGGUUCAUCGCCGAGACCCCGGAACGGACUCGCAGGAAGAAAGCGUGUCCGUUCUCCAGCGUCCGGGCGACGUGAUGCGGAAAUACCACCUGGACGACCACCCCACCUACAACGACAUCAAGGUGGCGGAGAAGCAACACGGAGCCGUGGACUGGGGCAACUCCUACGCCGGUCAUCAUCACGUCCGCAAUCGGGACCCGUCUCCCCACAACCAGUUCACAAUCAAAUCAACGAACCGCGCCGGUGGAUUCCACACAGCUGCUGAUUCUUUCAGGUCCAGGGAGUCAUCCCCGGAUAACAGCUACAUCCACCCUCCCCCGCCGUCGUAUCAGCAGUCAAACAAAACUGCAGAAUGGAGUCACGUGUCCGGAAGCCGCGACUUGGACGAGAUCAGAGGCGCUGGCGACGGGAUGGAAUGGAAACGGAUUGAAUACGAGAAACCCGUGGAAACCACGCGGAGAACAGUCGGAAAGAACGUUUCCCGGGUCAUUCUCCACACGGACAACGAGCCGGAAAUCCAGCACCCACAAAUCCCGUCGCGACACAAGGUCUCCCGGAACCAGCACGCCCCGGAACACUACUACUACAACAAGGUGCCGCUUAAUCACGACAACCGACAGCAUUACUAUUCUAACCGCGAUAUGUCGCCUGCACCAAAACCGAUGCAGAACUCAGGAGUGCGGUACACCAGCGUGACGAGGAAACCGUCGCAUGCAUCACGACCGGACAUUCGUUACAUAGACCACGAAGAGCAACCCCCAAAACAGCAAAACCACUACGCUACGAUGGAAUCAACGAAGAAUAAGCAAGUUACGAGGAAACCGUCGUUGAAGAAGGAGCGAUCGGCGAUGUUCAAUACGCUGGAGCGAAUCAAAGGAAAAUUCCGCAAACCUCUGAGCGAAUUGCGGGAUUUCAAGCAAAAGGGUCCAGCUCCGCAGCCGCCUAAGUCCAGCAAGCUAGCUUCCACCGAACUCGUUCGCCAGCACGCAGAAACCCAUGAAAGAGUUCCCAGCAGCAAACCCUUGUCAAACACUGGACCGCCUUCGACAUCUGCGCUCAGCAAGAAAUCCCGGAAGGUGAAGAUCACUUUCGAGCAUAACCCCACGCGCACGGAUUCCGACAUCGAGAACCUCCGCGGAUUCACCGAAUACAAGGGUCCCGAGAUCACAGGCGAGAGUCACGUCGUGAAGAUUGAAAUCAAGGGCGACGAUCAUCACGUGGACAACCCGCACCCGCAGCAGGUACCAAUCCGGCACCACAGAGGCACCCGACGAGACCAAAUCGGGCACCAGCAGCACAUGUCUCAGUCGCAGAGCCCGGUGCGUGCACCGAUCCCGGGAGACAGCAAGCUCCUCAGAUCGCGAGAAAAGUUCUUGUCUGCUUUCCUGGGUCCCUCUCCGAGGAGCAAAAGCCACGAAAGAUAUGCAACACCUCCAAGAAAACCUGCUCCUCAUCAUCCCCCUCAUCGGGUUCUCGAAGGACAUUCUGGACAGGCUCCUUCGAAUUAUGAGGAGGAUGGCAACGUUCGAGUCAUUUACGGAAAGCCGAAGCAUUUCGGACAACCUGUGGGUGCGACCACGGACAGCGACGACUGUGAUCUUGUGGAAGCUAGGAAGCACGGGUCAACUACAAACUUAAGGAACGCCCGACGACAGAGCUAUCAAGGAAAAUCAGGUGGAAGCAGUGGCUCUAGUCCGGCCGGUCGACGGAUCGUCCAUGCCAACACGAUAGACUACAGACGCGCCCCUGCAGCCAGCCGAGACAAAAGCGUGGCUGGACAGCCAUGGACCAUGAACCGCGUGAAAACAGGCGGUAGUAGGACUCAUAUCGGGGAACCCGGUCGGUCUGUGCACUACGCGAGUCAUACAGUGAACCCAGAUUACACCAAGCGCCAAGUGACCGGCGAAAGCAGCAGUGCUAGUGAGCACAGCAACCGCGGCCGACGUCGUGAGACUCGCCUCAAGCGCAGCACAAGCAGCGCCGCCAGUCUAGCCAUCAGCAGCCACGGUGGUUCUCGGCAGCAGCUGUACCAGAAGCCGCAGCACAUACACAUCAGCUCCGAAAGUGACGGGGGUCACGGACCAGGAUCUUUGGUCAGCCGUCCGUCCGGCUCGCAGUCCAGUCGCUCAGUGUACCUACACGCCGCAGCAGUAGCGGACAUUCCGCCAGGUGGCGGCAGUCGAGGGCCAACGGCUCGUGCCGGGCGCUCGUCUUCCCUCAGCCAAGAAGACCUCCUGGACAAGCCCGGCUCGCUGAAGAAAUCCCGAGCUGUAACUAGAUCCUUGUCUUUGUUGGCGCCGUGGCGUCCACGCCACCCCAAGGAGCCAGUCGAGAUGGAGUACAGCUACGACCAGGAUCAAGGCCAAACUCCUGGCCACGGUCGUCCACCGCGGCCGCCGCGACGAAAAAACUCUCCGGGUCAGGAACCCGUGAAGACUUUCUCGGCUAAAGUGCAGCGACAUCAGUCCAUGCCCAAGGAUUCCAAGCUUGCUGGCUGGUUCAAGAAGAAGCAUCAAACACCCAGUUAUGCCCAGACACAGAGCAAUUGAUGUAGUCGUCGCGAAAUCUGUAUACCGAUAAUUACACUGGCGGCCAUCAGCCUCCAGGCAUCAAGACUGUGAUCUUGAUCCCAGCCCCGUUUUCAUAUUCCACGUACGCUUACGCAGUUCAUGAGCAAUCAACAUCUUUGGAAGAAAACUGAUUUCUUCAGUGCCAAUCGUUUAUGGGAAACAAUUCUACAUUCCUUUCAUUCCUAAAAUUCACCACCCAUGUAUAUUGCUGAAAAUUAAUCUUAGUUCUUAGUUGUGCAUAGAUGCUGAAGGAAGCACUCAUAGUCGUGCUCUUACACAUAACAGCCUUGAUGCUGACUGUAUCUUCGCUGCGGUAUGGGAAAUAAAAACACGUGUGUGAGUUUUUAUACUAAGAA